GGGAAACGUAAUCACGUGCCCUCGUAUUAUUGUCAGCCCUGGGACCUCCAGAAGCAAAUUUUGCUGUGUCGCGUUUGUCAUUUUUGGUAUGCAAUAAAGGCGAAAGAGCUAUGUGCAUACUGUUAUAUACUUGUAAGGAGACAAUUUUGAAAGCCCUCUGAACAGGUUGGCCGCGCUGGCGGAUUAGGAUACCGGUGGCGCGAUGGCGCCCAAUUCUUCUCCAGGGCUGCCUAAGCCUUCCAAGUCGUCCAAGUCUUCCAAGCGACCAGCAGCCGCACAGGAGACGUCAGACCCAGCCCGCGGGUUGCCCGUUCCGCUGCCGGACGUCGACUCACUCAAGCGACCACGGCUUAAGGAAUCCGAAGAAGGUGUACGGCAGAUACCGCCGGCAAUGCUCUUGCCGGCCAGCGAAGCAGCCGCUGGUUUCUUGUGUCGUACAGAGGCCGAGCCUGGGCCCCAGGCCCCCACCGAGGAGCGCGGUCAGGUCGUUGGCUGUGGUUCUGUAGAAUACGUUCUGCACGGCCGCGGGGACGGCUCGGCCGUGGCGUCCCUCCGCCCCCUUGCAGCCCCAACUGCCCCCCGCGCCGCUUCCCCGGGGGCUGCUCCCGCUCGACAGCGCAAGAAGCACAAGGGCAGCUCCAGCAAGCGGCGCCACCGCGAGGCUGCAGCUGCUGCUUCUGCUGCUGCUCCUGUCCCACCACCCGGCGCGGCGGGCGCCCGAGUCGAGCUAGCCGCGGCGCUGCAGACCGGGGUGGGGCCCGGCCUCGAGCAACUGCCAGCACUGGUUGCUCAGCCGGAGAGGCAGCAGGCGGCAGCGGCAGCAAGGGCAUGCCAAGUUGGCGAGGGCGGCAGUGGUGCUCCGAGAGUAAAGGAGGGGCAGUGCCCGCAGGCCCCGCCCCCUGCUGCUCCACCUGCCCUUGCGGCUCUUGCAGGCCAAGCUACCACCGCGGAUGUCAUGGCGCGCAGCUGGGAGCCGCUGCACGCAGCGAGCGCCUCGGACCCCCUCCUCCCGCACCAGCCGCCUCCAUCCCAGCAUCCUCAUCCGCGACCAGGUGGGGGCGGUGCGGGGGGUGCCGGCGGGCCCCCCCAGGGCGGGGAGAGCAGCGCGGGUGCCGCCCCAGUGCUGCCGGACAGCCAGCCCGACAGCAACUGCAGCGACCAGACGCGCGUCGUCCCAGCAGGGGCGGCUGCAGGCGCCAGCGCUGAGCCGGCUGGGAGCCUGCAGGAGGAGGGACGGGAAGGGCGUGCAGGAGGGGAAGGACCGGCUGUGGAUCGGGGAGGAGGGCGCGGGGGCCAGCGGCAGGCGGGCCAGCGGGCGGAGAAGGUGCUGUCGCUGCCGCAGCAGGGCAGGAGGGGCAUGGUGGGACCACUGGGCCGCAGCGGCGGCGAGGCAACGACUCAGCGCUCUCCCUGCAAGCCCGCACCCAACCGCUCCUCCGCGCCAGCCGAACUCACCAGGCCCCAGGCGCACGACGCCGCUGCAGGCGGUGCGGGGGUGACCCCUGGGUCUGUUCCCCCCGCCCCUCCUCCGCCUGCCCCGCCUGCCACCAAGCAAGCAGGCGGGCCUACGGAGGGCAGUGCGGCCGGAGGGGCCAUCACCCAGCAGCAGCAGGCCGCCACCCCCAAGCCUUCGCCUCCACGUCCCGUCCCACCGGCCGCAGCUCCCAGCCCCCGGGCACUGGGCUCUGCGGAGAGCGGUGCGGCAGGAGUCGCUGGGCGCCAGGAGCCCGGCCCGCCGCACGCAGCAGCUCCGGCGGCGGUGCUGCAGUCCGCCCCUGCCCCUGCCGCCGCCGCUGCCCCUGCCCCUGCGGACCCCCAGCUGCCCGGUGGGGUGCCCGGGCGCGACUGCCGCCCUCAGGCCGCCGACUGCCCGCCUCCCGCGCCACGCGAGCACAAGAAGCGCGGGAAGCACAAGAAGUCCAAACAGCGGAGCCGCGGUGGGGGCGCAGCGGAUGGCGCCACGGAUGAGCCCCCUCGCGCGCUCCCUGCACCCGAUCAGCCGCCCCCGCCGGAGCCCCCCGCCUCCCGCAAAUCGCCAUGCAGGACCGCUUCCCGCCGCCGCCGCCGUGCCGCCACUGCAGCACCGUCCGGCUCUGCAGGGGCGCUCGCACUGCGGCAUGUCCCGCUGAGCCCCGGCUACGAGGUGCGACCCAACGAGGUCGCUGCGGUGAAGCGCAAGCUCGCAGCGGCGGCAUGCGGACUUGCUGGGGCCGCUGGUGGCGGCGGCGCUCAGGUGGUGAAGAGGAAGGGGGAGGCGGAGGCGGACAGUCCGCGCAGGCGCCUGUUCAGGAGCUUCCUGGAGCAGCGCGGCGACCCCGGCAGCAGCAUGCAAGCGCCCCCACCCCUGCCGCCCCAGCCGGCAGAAGAUGAGCUGGCGGCCGAGUGGUGCGAGCCGGAGCUGGAGCCGCACUACCAGGACGGUGCGUGGCGGCCCUUCUCAGCAGCUGACGACGUGGUGCCGCCACUACUCCUGGCCCCGCCUUGCCCCGCGGGCGCUCAGGCUGCUGGGGCUGCGGCCCAACGACCCACGGGUCGGGAGCACCCGGUCGACACCCCAGGCGGCGGCAUCCUGCUGAGGCUCGUGAAUGCCGCCAUCGCCAGCAGGAGCGGGGCGCACGUGGCGGCCCCAGCUGCGCCGCACCGUCCGCCUGCACCGGGGGUCACCGCCACUGCUGCUGCGUCCCAGCCUACCCAACCUGCAGCCAAAGACACACCUCCCGCUCCGGCGUCUGACGCUGCUGCAGCAACCGCUGCGGCUGCGGCUGCCGGGCCCCUGCUGAAGUCCGCAGCCGCACAGGUGUCGGAACCUGCACGUGCACCACCACCCGCAGCGGCCCCUGCAACUGUGCGGUCCGACCCGGCGCCUGCACCCGCCGCUGAGCCCCAGUGCGGCCCCUCCACCACCGCCGCCCCGGUGCCGUACGGCGGCUGCGUACGGCACCCGGCACCCCAACAUGCGGCAGAAGGGGCGGCAGCUGCUGAGGCUGCAGCAGCGACAGCGGCGCCGGGCACCACGACAGCUCCCUGUGCGGCCCAACCGCCGCAGCCCCCGCAGCCCUCGCAGCGGGAUGUUGCGGAGGGUGAGGGCUGCAAGGGCGGGCCGGGGGACCUGCAGGAAGGCGAGGAGGCUGCGGACGCGCCGGCCAGCCAGCCCGACAGCAGGUGCAGCGGGGGCCCCGAGGUGUCCCUGGCCGUCUGGGUGCGCAGCGAGCCUGGCGGGGGUGGUGCCGCGUGGGGCAGCUGGCGGGGUGGCGAGUGUGAUGUAGGUGA